CCAACUGCCAAGUAAAACAGGAAACAGCAAACGACUCAGAAGAAGAGGAAGACGGACGAGGUCACGUGCGGCUGUCAACAGUACCCAGCUGAUCGGUACGUCACUCACCAACAUGGCUGACUGGAAUAGAGGUCAUGGCUCUGUGGACGACAUGCUGGAUGCUGAAAAUAAACGGAUAGCUGAGAACCUGGCCACUAAAGUCUCAAGACUGAAAUCUCUGGCGUAUGACAUCGACAGAGAAGCUGAUGAUCAGAAUGAGUAUCUGGACAACAUGGACUCUAACUUUCUGAGUGCGACGGGCCUACUGACUGGCAGUGUGAAGCGUUUUUCCACCAUGGUUCGAUCAGGAAGGGACAACCGCCGCAUUCUCUGUUACGUGUCCGUUGGCUUGGUCCUGGUCUUCUUCCUCCUCUACUACUUGAUCUCGAGAGUUCAACGCUGAUAUUACAUCUGAUGUAAACUCUUGAAAUUAAUUGAGACAACAAAAAAGAAGUAGACAGAAGACAUUGAACUCUGAAACUGAACAAUUGUUACUAAGACUAGCUGUGCUGGUCAAGCCAAAGAUGUUGAAGGGAAAAAAACUGCUGACAAUGGGGUUUUCUCCUCUGCUCACUGGUCCUACCUGUUGUGAGCCAAGCAGACUUAAGUUAGGCAAAAAAGGCUAAAUGAAGCCCAGGCCAAGAGAGGAAGAGAGCACAACUUAAUUUCAUUGGCUGAUGAACCUUCUACAGUACAAAACAGUAGGUGUCUCAGUUUCGCAUGAGAAAAAAAUCUACAUGAAGCUGAAAGUGCAGGAGUUAUUCAAAAACACAUUUUAACAGAUGAAUAUACAUCACAUACACGCUGCCGUCUUAAUAUCCUAACAAAUGACUGUUGGCAAAGUUUUUGUUGAAAUCUAAUAAACCUUUAUACAGCUGAGUUAAGAGAAUAAAAGGGUAAAGACCCACACCACUUACUGAAACUGAGCAGUAGCAAGUGUAUUUAAAAUGAAGCAGGUUUAUUUCAUUGUGUCCUGUAUAUAGUUUUCAGAGUCAUCUGGGUUGCAGUUUUGUUAUUUUUGUUAAUAUUUUAAAAUGUUUUUCAUUCAGCUGGUAAAAAUUUACAGCAGUUUAUUCUUUUCACACACACACACACACACACACAAACACACACACACACACACACACACACACACACACACACACACACACACACACAAAUGGGAGAGAGUAU